AAUAGUGAUAAUUUUCGUUGUAACUAUUAUAUUGUACUUGUUUAUAAACUUUAUACUUUUUUUGUACAUUUGGUCGACUUUAGAGGACCUGAUACAAUGUCGAAGUACUUGUGUUUGGCAUCUUUGUUGUUGGCAGUGGCCAUAGUCAAUUCGUUAGAUAAUCCGUUCCUUAGCUCGAAAACCCGAUACUGCGAUGUAGGGGGAGAAAUUAGAUUAAAAGAUGGUUAUGAAGUAACUAGGGUUUUGUUGUAUGUUCGGCAUGCGUCAUCCUCAUUAAGCGAUAAAAAAAAAAAUAGAGAAUUGAUGACAAGAAAACAAGACAAAAUUAGAGAAAAUAUCAAAAAAAGGCAGAUUAAUAAUCCCCAGUUAGAGGUCCCAGAUCACAUUCGAAGAUUUUUGGAAUGGAAUCCGAAUUCACUUCCAGGUUUAGAAACAGGUUUGCUUCCUGUUGGCAAACAGGAAUUGAAAGAUCUCGCAUCUAGGUUAUCAACCAAGCUUUCAGGAAUAUUUGGCGACCAAGAUUAUGAUGCUAAAAAAUUCCCGAUAUUAUCAAUGCCAGCAACGGAAGAUGACGACCGUAAUGUGCAAAGUGCCCGAGUAUUUUUGAAUGCAUUAUUUAAAGGAGGAGUUCCUGAUGAAAUUCCAACAUGCGCAGACGAUGACCUUCUUUUAAUGAUGGAAUACGCUAAAACAAAAGAUCCAAAACUCGAAGAACAUAAAGCUAAGUUUGAAAAGAAACAAGAAGAAUAUAAGAAUGGUGAUGAUAUCAAAAGUAUGAGCACAAGAUUUUCAGAUAAAUUAUGGCUUGAUACGAAAGAUGUUGAUUACAGUUGUCUAAAAGGCACGUGGGAAUGUUGCCGCGAGGCUAGAAUAAUUACACAAGAUAAUGACGCAACCCCUUGCCACUUGUUUGAAGAAAAGGAUGCUGAAGUAAUGUUAAUACUCGAUGAAAUGUUUUGGUGGUGGUUUACUUCAGUCAGUGAAAGCGAUUUCAACGGUAAAAUGGCUUGCGGUGUGGCCGAGCAUCUCUUAUUGUUUUUGAAGAGUGAGAUACCAAUUAAUCCAAUGUACUUCUUGAAUCGGUCAAAUAUCGCAAUGAUUCAUCAGGCCUUAGGCUUACACCCAAAAGAAGAGAAACUAUUCACAACUUCGCAUAUCAUGCCCUACAUGGCAAACUUCUUGGCCGUCGUACUCGAAAAGGCCGGCAGUGAAAAAUUGGUUGCCUUUUUUUUCAGCGAAAAUCUAAAAACCAUCGAAUUGGAUGACGGUACCCAGUGUGAAUUUUGUUCACUACCCAAAGUAAUUAAAAAGCUUGAAAAGUAUCUUAAGACUCACGGAUGCCAAGAUCUCAAGUGCGAAGAGUGGAAGUCCGGAGAUCCCAGGCCCGAAAAUUUCAAAAACGAUAAACCUUUCUAUUCCAUACCUAAGGAUUGGGGGUUCAUUGAUGGACCCCAUAAUUAAAAAUUUAAUUAUUUUUAGUUUUUUUGUUUAUUAAUUAUUAUUGCACGAGUUUUGGAAUAAUCCAGUAUACGCACAAUUUGAUUUGUAUUAAUUAAUAAAAUGUUUUAAAUCCAAUAAAUA